GCUUGUUUGGCCGAUCGGUGGAAUUGGUGCUCAUUGAAGCUCGUAAGGCUUUGAAGGAGCUAAGUAUUGACUGUAGUCUUCGUAGCUUUCAAGAUCAUUGUAUAGUAGCCGGACCUACGGCAUCGGCCGUGAGUAAAGCUCUAGAUGUUCUCAUACGGCGGGUUACUGAUCAUUUGGUUUUCUGUGGCCAUCAGAUUUUUGGGCGUGAGACUGAAAUCGAAGCUGAAUGGGAGAUUUUCAUCAAGAAGUGUAAGUCCUCAUUUGCUAAGCUCAAGUUCUUGCGAAAAUGGGCUGGUGUAUUCUGGUGGUUUAGUCAUUGGUUGGGUGGCUUAGAACAAGAUGCUCUCCGCUGUCUCAAUAAGGCUGAGAAGUAUCUGCAGAAUAAUUAUGCUGUGAUAUCUUUGUACCAUCUAACAUCUUUGUAUUUGGAUAUGUCUGCCCGAAAGUUGGCUGCUGGUGGUUCUGCUGAUGGUAUGAUCAGUGACGUGGAGAUCGCGCCUGUUGACGUCAACGAUUUCUCCGGACAACUAAAAGUGGAUGAUAUGACGAAAGAAGAAGUGAAUGAUAUCUAUGGCUGCUCAGUUGUUUCAGACGACAAAAUGCAUUCUAUUUUCGUGACCUUCUCAGGCCAACCCAGCUAUGAAGAUGCCCUGUCGUGGUUGUCGUCGCUGCAAAAGGAAGACGAGCAGUUGGCCGAUAUUCGUGUUUCCUGUCGAGGGCGGGCUAAUGAGCCUGUUAUCAAACAAGCUGUGUUGCCUGAUUGUGGUGGUCUUCGCUCAACUAUUUUGGCAGAGUCUCAUGAAUAUGGGAUUCAUGGCUCUGCACAGUUGUUGUCCGACUCGAGCCGUGGUGACACUGCUAGUAUUGCCGAUUAUCAUUUUGAUAAGCAGUCCUCGGCUGAUGAAGCUAGUAAUGUGCGAUCUAUGGGAGUGACAUCUUCUCUACCGUUACCUGCAGUGGGAGAGAGUCUCUCCCAGUGGGAGAGAGUCUCUCCCAGUGUCAAGAGCGAGCUCGCUGAUAUGCUUGAAGAAAGGCAUCUUUUACUUGAAGGUGCUAUAGAGAGUAGACUAGCUGCUGCUGAGACCUUUUUGCGUUCGGCCUUUGACGUUAAACAACAGAGUAGAAAGAGCUCAUUGGCGACUACAUUGGUAGACUACGAGAAGGUGUUAUGGAGGGAUGAGAUCUUGGAUAAGUUCGUUAAGGGUCUGAAGCCCAAUUACCAGAAAGCAGUCAAGGCUACCUACUCUCACAUAAGAGAUGUAAACGAGUUGUUCUCUGUGCUCAGUCUUUGGGAGAAUGCAAACAUUGACUCUUCAGUGAAUGCUGUUGCCGAUGAAGCAGGAGAUCUUGGAGCUACGGUAUCACCGCCGACGAUUAAUGCUACUUUGGAGGUGGCGAAGAACUCUUCAUCUGAGGUGAAAGGAGAGAGACCCACUCGAUCUAGAGGGCCUCUCAGUGUGAAUAUUGAGGACGAGGUCAAGCAUGUAAUUGUGGAUGAUGUUGAGGUCAAAGUUAUUGAGGGGCUGUCGCCGGAUUUUAUAAUAGGCAUUGAGACUAUUAAGCGCUCAGUGGAUCUGAAACCGAAACUGAUAGAAUGUCUUGGUGAUGAACCCGGUAUGAGCUCUGGUUUGGCCCAGAUUGCAUUGCUUGAUGGGAAUGGUGAUAAGCUUGAUGUUCUGCAUCCUCUCGAUGUAAGGGACAAAUGCUUCAUUUAUCAUAGUGAGUCAGGGUUUACUGUCUCGUGUCCUGCCCUCAGUGGUAUCUCGGUGAUGCCAUUUACUGAGUCCAGGCGGAAGCGUAGCCGCACUCGAGAGAUAGCGAUCCACCGAAGGCUCUGUAUUGCAGCUAAUGAGAAGAAAUUUGGAGCGGCAACUUUCAAGGAGGCUAUGGUGAUCAACGAGGUAGUCUUGGUUGAUAAGGAGCCUGGUUCUAAGGACUCAUCACUGACUCAGUCCGAUAUCUGCUCGAUGAGUGAUGAACAGAUUAAGGCCCGUUUUAGAGUGAACUUGGAUCUUAGAAGACUUAAUGCUAUGCAACUGGUUCCGAAAACGGCUCCUGAUAAACCGGGAUGGGGCUCUGAGCAUUUUGCGAUUGCGGCCGCCAUCGAUGAGAAAGUUAAGAUUGACCUAAGUGAUGCCUUCUCAUCCGUUCAUUUGGAUGAUGACCUUUGGCCUCUCUUUGCAUAUCCUAGGAGCUCGAAGGCAACAUCUUUGGUGAAGGAGCUUGCUCGUUACUAUUUAUCGGGGCUGGUUCGCCUCUACGUCCUUGGUAAUGGAGAGGGCUGUCAAGAGGCUGGCACGGCCAUAAUGGUUGAUUGUAAUAAGGAUGCCUGGGCUGCCAUCAUGUUUCAACUUAUCAUAAUCAAGAAGAUGACGGACGAGGAUAUGAUUCGCUCUUCAACUUCCCGUGAACGUAAAGCACAGUUGUUAGCUCUGAAUAGGUUCCUUCCUCUAUGCACCUCUCCUGUUGUGAUGAUUGGUGAUAAUGCUAACACUGUUGGUGGUCGGUAUUGGCAUACUCUAGAAGCUGAUCAUGCGGCUACCGAGCUGGAUCUUAGGAUGAUAACUGAAUACCAUCGGACAGCUGAUGCUACAUUGUGGGUGCCUCGUCUUUCAGUGGUUAAGCUUGUGGAUUCCAUGGCAAGGGUCCUACCACAGGAUCUUGCCUCUGGUGAUGUCACUGAGGUUGAUCCUCUGAAUAUCUCAAGUACUCUUUUACAAGAAGACGCUAUUGGUGAGUUUUAUUCUGAGACAUUGGAUGUGCUUGGUGAUGAUGAUGACGAUAUAGCAAUUGAACCAUUUCAGUGUCCCCGUUACUGUGACCUAGAUGCAGUCAGGGAAGCUCAGCAGACAUGUGCUGAGGUUCAAGCUCUUGCCGAAGGUAGCGGCUUCAUCAAAGAUGAUGAUGGAGUUGUUUUCCGGGUCCAAAGGUUCAAUGCUUUGGGUAGUAUUGUUAAGCAACCUGUACUGCCUGUCGACGUCAGGAAGGAAUUGGUGAUGCAAGCGCAUGCAGACUGUCAUGCUAACUCGAGACAGCUGAAGUUUCUGCUCUCGGAUUGGUGUUGGUUUCCGAAGAUGGGGAACCUCUGUCGUUAUGUCUGUCAAGCUUGUGGUGUAUGUCAAGUGACUGCUUCGAAACAAGGCCGAGAACUGGCUCCAUACGGUACUCGUCGUCCUGUGGAGGACUGGCAUGACGAGUUGGUCUUGGAGCAAGUUGAGUGGCUGGUGAAUCAUGGUGAAAUCGGUCAGAGUGGCAUUUGUCCUGCCUUGCUAUUUUAUGGUCGCACCUUGCCAGUUCCUUGUAUGAAGGGUGCUGAUGAUUCAUUGGUAUUAUCAAGGCCGAACUCCGUAUUUGACUUGAUGAAGGUUGCUGAUGCAGUCGGUGGGAAUCGGCGAAAACUCCUCGGUGUAUUCGUCAAGGAGUGGCUUCUCCAGCGAGAACGGUCUCUGCCAGUGAUCAAGUAUGAGAGCAACCUCAAGCCCGACGAAGAUGUAGCAGCUGACCCUGCACAGUCGCAGUCCUCGGGUGCGAGUGACUCAACUAACCAGCAACUCCAGAUACGUGCUCCAAAGCGUGCGCGAGCUGAGAGUUGGACUGCAGAGGCUGCUGACCGAGCUAAGAAGUCAGCGAGGAUGUAA